AUGGCUCCUAGUUUGAGCAAAGAUGGGUCUGGUACCACUGUCCUUGCCGAUGGCUUGGAAGGAUUAAACUUCAUGGCCAAUGGCCACGUGAUUCUCUCCGACGUUGCUUCUAAUAUCACAGCCUCUCCAUCACCCUAUACUGCCGGCGAUAAGACGGCAACAACCAUAGCCGGCUGCUUCGUUGGUUUUGAAACUAACAAGGCAAAAAGCCACCAUGUUGUGCCGGUCGGAAAGCUGAAGAACAUAAGGUUCAUGAGUAUUUUCAGGUUCAAGGUCUGGUGGACAACCCAGUGGAUUGGAACCAACGGCGGAGAUCUGGAACACGAAACCCAGAUGGUCAUUCUCGACAAAUCUGAGUCUGGACGGCCAUACGUCUUGUUAUUCCGUUAUUGGAAGGUCCUUUCCAGGCUUCUGUGCAGCCCGGUAACGACGAUUACGUCGACGUUUGAGUGGAAAGUGGGUCGACGAAACGAAAGUCUCCAGCUCCUCAUUCCGGGGAGCUCUGUACAUUCACGCCGGCGAAGACCCUUUUUCUCUGGUCAAGGAGGCCAUGAAGUGAUGAACGUUGCGAGAGAUCAUCUCGGAACCUUCAAACUCAUGGAGGAGAAGACUCCACCAAGAAUUGUAGACAAGUUUGGUUGGUGCACUUGGGAUGCUUUUUACCUUAAUGUCCACCCUCAAGGUGUCUUGGAGGGUUUGAAAGGGCUCGUCGACGGUGGUUGCCCCCCGGGGCUCGUCCUUAUCGACGAUGGGUGGCUGUCCAUUUCUAACGACGAUGACCCUAUCAACCAAGAAGGCAUGAACCGAACCUCCGCCGGCGAGGAAAUGCCAUGCAGGCUCAUAAAAUUCCAAGAAAACUACAAGUUCAGGGACUUCGGGAGUCCCACUGGGUCCGAGUCUGGUGCACCCACUAAGGGCAUGGGUGAGUUUAUCAGGGACCUUAAGGGGAACUUUAAGAGUGUGGACUACGUUUAUGUGUGGCAUGCACUGUGUGGCUAUUGGGUGGUCUCCGGCUCACCAGAAUCGAGGGUGGCGGCGCCGAAGUUGACUCCGGGAUUGCAGAAUACUAUGGAAGAUCUGGCCGUUGAUAAGAUCGUUAACAAUGGUGUUGGGUUGGUCCCACCGGAGAUUGUUGAGCAGAUGUACGAGAGUCUACACUCUCACUUGGAGUCCGUAGGCAUUGAUGGAGUCAGAGUGGACGUUAUUCACUUGUUGGAGAUGUUGUGUGAGGAUUCUGGUGGAAGAGUAGAGCUUGCCAAAGCAUACUAUAAAGCCUUGACAUCUUCAGUGCGGAAUCAUUUCAAAGGGAAUGGCGUUAUUGCUAGCGUGGAGCACUGCAAUGACUUCAUGUUCCUAACUUCCUUGGCGCCGAGGCCAUAUGUCUUCGUCGAGUGCACUGAUCCUUCUGGGGAUCCAAACGGCACAUUCUGGCUACAAGGGUGUCACACGGUUCACUGUGCCUACAACAGUUUGUGGAUGGGAAAUUUCAUACACCCUGACUGGGAUAUGUUCCAAUCUACUCACCCCUGUGCGGAGUUCCACGCUACUUCCCGGGCAAUCUCCGGUGGACCAAUCUACGUCUCGGACUCUGUUGGGAAGCACAACUUUGAGCUGCUCAAAACCCUAGUGUUGCCCGAUGGGUCGAUCCUCCGGUGUUAUUAUUAUGCCCUUCCGAUCCGUGACUGUCCCUUUGAAGACCCUCUGCAUAAUGGGAAGACUAUGCUGAAAAUAUGGAACUUGAACAAGUACACUGGAGUACUUGGCGCAUUCAACCGCCAAGGUGGAGGGUGGAGCCAUGAAUCCAGACGUAACAAAUGCGCCUCCGAACACUCUCAUGCUGUGACUUCCAUGGCCAUCCCAAUCGACAUCGAGUGGAAGCAUGGAACAAAGCCAAUCUCAAUUGAAGGAGUACAAGUGUUUGCCUUGUACAUGUUCCGCGAAAAGAAACUUGUCCUCUCCAACAAAUUUUUUGAGUUUGCUCCGUUUGGAUUGGUGAAUAUGCUAAACACUGGUGGUGCAAUCCAAGCUUUGGAAUUCGAUGAAGAGGCUUGCACUGUUCGAGUUGGGGUUAAGAGGACUGGAGAAAUGAGGGUCUAUGCUUCAUAA